CUUAUUUAUUGUUUUAAAUUCUUAAUAAUUGUUGUGAUUGUAGUAAUGACUUAAUACUUUAUAUUUUUGUAAUCGGAAGGAAAUCUUAAUGUUUGAAAAUGGUGGAUAUAUCAGUGACAUGUCGAACUUGUAUGAAAAAUGAUGAUAAUCUUGUGAAUUUAUUUGGAACUAUGAAGAUGGCACAAGAUAGUGAUAUAUUGUAUGUUGAUGCACUAAAGAUAGCUUCAACAUGUCAGGUCACAAAAGAGGAUGGUCUACCACAAAGCAUUUGUAUGGACUGUGCGAACAUAUUACGAAUUUUUAUAACAUUUAAAGCAAACGCUUUGAAGGCUGAAGAUAAUUUAAAAAAGUUAAUAUUCCUUGAUAAUACAUUGAAAGAGGAAUUUAAAGAUGAGGAUGACAAUUCAUAUGAGGAGAUAAAAAUCUGCGAUGAUUUAUUCCCUAAAGUUGAACAAACCGAGGAAGAUUUAUAUGUAUGUAACAUAUGUCAAAAACAAUAUACACAUCAUAAGAGAUAUUUAAAUCAUCUAUUGACACAUGAAACGGAACGAACGGAAGUCAAAAUAGAAAAUGAUUUUGACAUCAAUGGUAUUGCCAAUGAAACUGAGUUUUCAGAUAAAUACGAAUGUGAGGAGUGUGAUAAAACAUUUACUAAAGAAAGAGCUUUAAUAUCACAUAAAAGAAAACAUAAGAGUUGUACAAAAGAUGCGAAAACAGAUAAGUUCGAAUGUGAUUAUUGUCAUAAGAUGUUCUCUAUGAAACCGUUAUUAAAAAGACAUUUAAAAUUGCAUUCUACGAAUAGACCGUUUCCUUGCACACAGUGUUCCAAAUCUUAUACAAGGCAAGAUCAACUUAUGGAACAUUUAAAAAAACAUGAUAAAGUAAAAGCGCAUGUCUGUUCAUACUGCAAUAAAGGUUUCGCUCAAUUAUGUAGCUUGAAGGAACAUUUAAGAGUUCACACUAAAGAGGCUCCAUAUUUAUGUUCCGAGUGCGGCAAGAGUUUUACAAAUAAUUCCAAUCUACGUCAACAUAUGAUACGACAUUCCGGAAUCAAGCCAUUCUCAUGUACAUUUUGUCCUAAAACAUUUAGUACUAAAGGUCAGAUGGUAAGCCACGUGGCGACGCACACGGGCGCGCACCCGCACACGUGUGACGAGUGCGGCGCCGCCUUCACUAAGCCCAACUCCCUCAAGAAGCACAAGUUCAUACACAGCGACCUCAGGGCCUUCGCCUGCGACACCUGCCAUAAGAGGUUCAACUGCAAGGACCACCUGAAGCGCCACCAGCGCAUCCACACCGGCGAGAAGCCCUACCGCUGCAAGUUCUGCGAGCGCGCCUUCUCGCAGAGCAACGACCUCAUCAAACACAUGCGCAUGCACGUCGGACAGGACAUCUACCAGUGUUCAGUAUGUCAUAUGAAAUUUCGUCUGAUGAGAGAUCUAAAAAGGCAUUAUCCAACACAUUAUAUAAAUGGUGGUAACACCCCCACGGUGCCAGUGGGGAAUGGCAUGGUGGCACCAAUUAUGGUACUCAAAACUGACACCGAUGUGCGGAGUGUCAACCAAACUGACAUCAUGAUAACUGUCAAUGAAGGAUUAUCGAAUGGCAUUAUUAUAAAUAUACCACCGCAGGAAACUUAGUAUAUAAGGAAAACAAAUUUUUAUUUAAAAACAUAUAUUUUUUUAAGUAUGUCCAAAUUUUUUUUUAUAUCUAUGUUCAAAAUUACUUUUAAUUUCAACAACGUUAUGCUAUUUUUACAAUGUGGUGUGCCGCCAUGUUUGAAAUUUGACAUUUAUAGGCUCCUACGUACACUAUCGUAAGUCUCAAUUUUGCGAUUUACACGAUAUUGUGUAUUUUUGAAAUUAACUCGAAAAAUACUGAUUUGUGUGUGAAUUUGAAUAUAACUAAGAACUGUAGAUUUCAUGUUUGUUGCGUAAUUAAAAUGUCGUGGGAUCAGUGUAAAAUAAGUGAAUUUAUAAAAAAAAUCUUUAAAAUUCAAUUUACAAUAAUAAUGAUAAAUAAUAAUAUAUUCGUUGCUGGGACAUUCUUGAGAGUCGGGCCGAGUCUUCUGCAUAACCGCACUCGUGGCACACGUGCCG